UCACGUACAAUUCGUGUUGCAUACAAGACAUGCUAAUGAACUGUGGCGCUAAUAGUAGAGAGAUUCUCUGAACAUCGCAAUCGGCCAGGAUGCCACCGAAAAAGAAUAAAGAAUCAGAGGGAGGCAAAGGAAAAGGAAAACGUCCUGCGAAGAAAAACACAGCUGAUGAUGGUGAACCCAAAUCUAAAAAGGCAAAGAAUAUGGAUGUUGAAUCUGAAGAAUCUAUUGAGGAUGGGCAGGAUGAUGGGGAUAUCGACUAUGCAUGUGCAUCUACCAGCAAGAAGUGGAAUUUUAAAAUUUCAUCUUGGAAUGUUAAUGGAAUCCGAGCUUGCCUGAAACAUGGCUCGACGUUGGCUUACAUGAAAAAUGAAGAUGCUGAUGUUUUUUGUAUACAGGAGACUAAAUGCCCAGAGAAAGAUAUUCCAAAGGAAAUAAAGCUUCCUGGAUAUCAUACCUACUGGGCAGAAGGACAAACAAAGGGGUACAGUGGAGUUGGACUUUGCAGCAAAGUUAAGCCUAUUAAUGUAUCAUAUGGCAUAGGGAUCUCGGAGCAUGACAAUGAAGGAAGAGUCAUUACGGCUGAAUUUGAAGACUUCUAUUUAGUAACAGCCUAUAUACCGAAUUCAGGAAGAGGACUUACAAGGCUUGAGUAUCGCCAGGGCUGGGAUAAAGAUUUCAGAGAAUACCUCAAGGAACUGGACAAUAAGAAACCUGUUAUCCUGUGCGGAGACCUCAAUGUAGCUCAUAAGGAAAUAGAUCUAGCGAAUCCGAAAACAAACACAAAAACAGCAGGCUUCACCAAAGAAGAACGCCAAGAUUUCACUGAAUUGCUCGAAGAAGGUUUCGUCGAUUCUUUUCGUCAUUUUUAUCCCAACAAAACCAAGCAGUAUUCGUUUUGGUCUUACAUGAGGAACGCUCGCGCAAAGAAUGUUGGCUGGCGCCUGGACUACUUUGUAGUUUCCGAGAGACUGGUGCCUAAGUUGUCCGAUAGUCUCAUCCGCAUGCGUGUUAAAGGGAGUGACCACUGCCCGGUUGUGUUACUGCUGGCCAUUUAGGCGCCACAGUGUGCAUGUUUGUGUAACUUUGCCGUGUGUCAAACAAUGGAACAAACCAUACCUCUGGGAAAUCUUUGGGAAUUAGCUUACUAUUGUAAUUAAAGUUUUAAUUUAGGAAUUUGUUACCGUUUUGCUCACAUUUGAGACAUUUGGAAACGCAUUUGUUAUGUUUUCAAUACAAAUGUUGUAAUUUUAAAGUAAUGUUAAAACACGUUUUUUAUCAAAUU